AUGACACGCCGACUUGUUCGCACGGGCGUGCAGCUCGCUGUAUUUAUUUCCUUUGUUCUACUCCUGGUCCUCACUCUGGACAAUCGAUUUCGCGUCUUACCAGACUCCAUCCACGAAUAUCUCCCGUCCCAUUACUCGGGCUUCGUCGUUACAGACGUGACCAUAGCGACAUGCUCGUCCAUCAACGUAUUCUCCGGCUGCAAACCAGAUUCGAUGACAUGGUCUCAAGUCGAGAAAGAUCUCUACCUGCGCACAGGCUGGACAUCCAGCGCGUUCGUUCGAUUCGAGCGCAAGAAAGAGGAGGAUCUGCUUCCCACCGACAAGGUCGUAAUCGACCUGAAGAUCAGUCGACUUGUCCCUGAAUCGACUCCUGACUCCAAGACCGGAAGCGAGGAGUGGGAACCGAGGCUAGGUGGUAUCUGGCUCAAAAGAACGGCAAAGCGCCAUGCAAGCGACUCGCAAACCGUCGUUACUGCGAUCGAUGUUCUCUUCGGAGCCGAUGCCGUCGACCCACGGCUUGGGUGGGAGGUUAAGGAUACUCCGUUGUUACUGGAUAGUAGGACAGAAGAGCUGGAGGCUCGUAUCAGCAUACGGAGGGGAGACCUCCCGAAGAUCAAAAAGCCCGUCCCUAGGAUCAACGACAAUGGUCGGUUUAAGAUCAUGCAACUGGCAGAUUUGCAUCUGAGUACUGGUCUUGGGGUGUGUCGAGAGCCUGUUCCAGCUGAACCUGUCCCCGGCCGCAAGUGUGAGGCGGAUCCGCGGACGCUGGAAUUUGUGGAAAGGCUCUUAGACGAAGAGCAGCCCGAUUUGGUGGUUAUGAGCGGAGAUCAGGUGAAUGGUGAGACUUCUCGAGACGCGCAGAGUGCGCUAUUCAAAGUGGUCAAGCAGCUAGUUGAUCGCAAGAUCCCAUAUGCGGCUAUAUUCGGCAAUCACGAUGACGAGGGCAACCUCAAACGGACUGGGCUCAUGACUAUCCUGGAAGAUCUACCGUAUUCACUAUCGACGGCUGGCCCUGAAGAAGUGGAUGGGGUUGGGAACUACAUCGUCGAAGUUCUGGGUCGCGGAAACACACAUUCUGCUUUAUCGAUUUACCUCCUAGACUCCCACUCCUAUUCCCCGGACGAAAGACAGUUCCGAGGCUAUGACUGGAUUAAGCCCAGCCAGAUCCGGUGGUUCAAAAACACCGCACAGGGCCUGAAGGCCAAACACCGUGAAUAUACCCACAUGCAUAUGGAUGUGGCGUUCAUCCACAUCCCGCUCCCUGAGUACCGUGAACCUCAGAAUUAUUACCGCGGAGAUUGGCUGGAAGCGCCCACGGCUCCGGGGUUCAAUUCGGGCUUUAAGGAUGCGCUGGAAGAAGAAGGAAUCCUCUUUGUUAGUGCCGGACAUGACCAUGUCAAUGACUAUUGCAUGCUGAACAAGGAUCAGCACGAAAAGCCGUCGCUGUGGAUGUGCUAUGGAGGCGGCGCUGGGUUUGGAGGCUACGGGGGCUACGGGGACUAUGUCCGGCGUAUCAGAUUGUUUGAUUUUGACAUGAACGCCGGACGAGUCAUGACGUACAAGCGGCUGGAAUACGGCCAGACCGAGGCCAAGAUCGACGAGAUGAUGAUCGUCGAUGGCGGUGUUGUGAAAGGGCCCGAGGAAAGCACAUAA